AUGGAUUCUGAUGAUGAAUACAACAGCGCCGCUUCGGUCAACAGCGAUGACGUCGACCUCGACAUGGACGAUGAGAAUAGCACCUAUCUACCAGAUUCCGAUAUCGAACUAGAUGAUGAUGGUGACAUUGGCUUUGGUUCACAAGACAAAGAUCUCAAGCCACGCAAGAAGCCGUACGAGGUCGACUUCUCCGUCUACAGCCCGCAAGACAUUCAGAACCAACAAGAUCGCCAAAUAGAAGAGGUCUCCAACAUCCUCGGCCAGCCGCAUGAAGCGACCGCCAUCCUCAUGCGCUAUAUGCGCUGGAACAAGGAGCGUCUGAUCGAACAAUACAUGGAUAAGCAAGAGGAGGUCCUGGAGAAAGCUGGUCUUGGUCAGGAUAUUGCUACCCCACCCCGCCUAGAAGUCAUCGAUGGCUUCAUGUGCGAAAUCUGCUGUGAUGACACACCUGGUUUGCAGACGUUCGCCAUGAAGUGUAAUCAUCGCUUCUGUGUUGACUGCUACCGCCAAUAUCUGGCACAAAAGAUCAAGGACGAAGGAGAGGCCGCACGCAUUCGCUGCCCUGGUGAACAGUGUAACAACAUCGUCGAUUCGAAGAGCCUGGAGCUGCUCGUCACAGAAGAUCUCAAAGACAGGUACCAUGAACUGCUUACACGCACGUACGUUGACGACAAGGACAAUCUUAGGUGGUGUCCUGCCCCCAACUGCGUUUACGCUGUCGAUUGUCCUGUCAAGCAAAAGGAGCUCAACAAGAUCGUUCCCACUGUCAACUGCGAUUGUGGUCACAGUUUUUGUUUCGGAUGCCAGCUAAAUGACCACCAACCUACCCCUUGCGUGCUCGUCAAGCUAUGGAUGAAGAAGUGUGAAGAUGAUUCGGAAACGGCUAACUGGAUUUCCGCAAACACGAAAGAGUGUCCUAAGUGCAACUCGACCAUAGAGAAGAACGGUGGUUGUAAUCAUAUGACUUGCCGAAAGUGCAAGUACGAGUUCUGCUGGAUGUGCAUGGGGCUCUGGUCGGAGCACGGCACGAGCUGGUACAACUGCAACCGCUACGAAGAGAAGAGCGGCCACACUGCGCGCGAUGCUCAGGCCAAGAGCCGUGCAUCUCUCGAGCGUUACCUUCAUUACUACAACCGCUACGCCAACCAUGAGCAGUCUGCCAAGCUUGACAAGGACAUCUACCUCAAGACGGAGAAGAAGAUGAUGCAACUUCAGUCAACGUCAGGCAUGUCUUGGAUCGAGGUCCAGUUCCUCGAAUCUGCAUCGCAAGCCCUUCAGCAAUGCCGACAGACUCUUAAGUGGACCUACGCUUUUGCUUACUACCUGGAACGUAACAACUUGACGGAGAUCUUCGAGGACAACCAGAAAGACUUGGAGAUGGCUGUCGAGGCCCUGAGUGGCAUGUUCGAGAAGCCCACUGAUCAGCUUGCUGCUCUCAAGGUCGAGAUGAUGGACAAGACGACAUAUUGCAACAAGCGUCGCAUCAUCUUGCUUGGUGAUACAGCGGAGAAUCUCAAGAAGGGUAAGUGGUGA